UAAGUAUCUUCGCCUGGUAAAUACUGUUAAAGCUACAAUUUUUUGGCGGCGGUGGCCGGUGGGCAUUUGGCAGUUGGCACUACUUACACAAAGCGGUGUCGAGUACUUAACGUGUCUCUGUCUUGAUGCGAUUAGUGUCUCAUGGUUGCUGAAAAUCUGGAUACUUCAUCCCUUCCCUCUAUUAAGAAGCAUACCUUAAUCUUCUCCAUCGUUGAUGGCAAAUCGUGCGUACUCGUGUAAACAUGAAGGGUGCAAGACUUUGUCCCACAGGGAGGUUGAUACAUGAGAUUAAGAGGAAGAAACCAAAUCCAGAAGAUGAUGUGGAGUUACCUAAAACAAAGGAUUUGCAGCAUAAGGAGUAUAGCGCGGAAGAAGACUUUCAGGAAGAUGAUUCAACUGAUGUUAAGGAGGAAGCUGGAGAUGACCUGCCUGAAGAAGAUGAUGAAGACAAAGAGGGUGAAAAUGAAGAGCUUUUAAAUCUACGUGUCAGCCAUGGUUUCUAUCUGGUUGAAGGAAAAAUGGGCCAUAAGAUGGAAGAUUAUAUAGUGGCAGAAAAUAGGGAAAUCAAUGGUCAUGAGUUAGGGCUAUAUGCAAUAUUUGAUGGCCACUCGGGUCGUAAAGUAGUGGAAUACCUGCAAUCCAAUCUAUUUGAUAACAUACUGGCUGAGCCCACUUUCUGGACCAACCCAGAAACUGCAAUUAAAAGGGCAUAUAGAGAAACAGAUUAUGAGAUUUUGGACAAGAUAGUUGGUUCAAGGGGAGGUUCAGCAGCAGUCACAGGAAUAUUAAUUGACAGACAAAAGCUGAUUGUGCCUAAUGUUGGUGACUCUCGAGCAGUGCUGUGUACUGAAGGUGUAGCAAAACGACUAUCAGUGGAUCAUGAUCCUGAGAAGGAGAAAAAAGUUGUAGAAAGCAGAGGAGGCUUUGUUACCCAGAUGCCAGGUCACUUCUCAUGUCUUUUCCUCUUUGUAGGAAAUGUUCCACGUGUGGAUGGUCGGCUAGCAAUGACAAGGUCAUUUGGAGAUGAAAGUCUAAAGGACCACAUUAUUUCAAAACCAGAUAUAAAGAUUACAACUAUUGAUACAAAUGCAGAAUUUAUGAUUUUGGCUAGCGAUGGCAUGUGGAAGGUGAUGUCAGACCAGGAGGUUUGUGAUUGUGUUGGACAGUUCAAUGAUGCUCAAGAAGCUUCAGAGGAGUUGAUCAAAGAGGCCUUAUCAAGGGGAAGUCUUGAUGACAUCUCAUGCAUGGUGGUGAUGUUUCACUGAAUACCGGUUUUUGUAUUAAGUAGUUUUCAUUUGCUUUCAUGCGUCACUUUGCUGUACUGCUUAGACAUCAUCUUUAAUUUCAAUGGUUUCCCUUUUUUGA